UACGCCUUCUACACUCAAACAUUCCGCAAGACAGGGAAAAACGAAGGCUGUAUUCGAUUUGACGCUUAUGGUGCUUGCAAGCAUCAUUUUUACAUUAAUAUUUGACGAAUAGGAAAUGCUGAUUGAAGCACUGUGAGCGUCAAAUGAAUGCAGUGGAAAUGUAGAACAAUAUAGAAAGUGUAACUGCACCUGUGUUUAUUCGUAUGCGUACGACUGAGAGGAUAACACGGGGUGAGUAGAGACUUCUUUUGUAUACCUGCGCAACGGAAUAUUUUCGGAAACAUUCGGAUGCAUUUCGCGAAUUUUAAACGCAACGAAAGAGAGAGAGAGAGAGAAAGAGACAUUAGGACUGCAUUUUUGCACACAAGCAAGAAGCAAGGUUCUCUUCCAGCUUUACCAGGCUUUACGCUUGUAGUAGUGUAGUGAUGUUUAUCGGUUAAUCUGAUAAAAGGCAAAAAGUUGUGCAGUUACUAUCAUCAUCGUAUCUCGAACAGAUUGAUUUUUUUAUUGAUAUAUGUGCAUCUUUAAGUCUUAAUAUAGUCAUUUGUAAGUUGUGCAUGUAACUUGAAUAUUAUUGAAACAAUAUUCAAGUAAAUCUCUCUUGAGUUCACAUCAAACUCUCCAAAAGUAAUCAUGCCACGUGCAAAGAGAGCCAGAGCGAAAAGCGACGAUAUACCAAGCGAAAAAAAGCUCAAACGAUCGAAUUCAAGUACUGUAGAUUAUAUGACACAAAUACAAACGACUUUGGGAAUUAAGGAAAACACGGAUGGAGACACAAAGGAAUGUGCAUCUGUCGAGCCUGCAUCUGUUGUUUCUGAUACAAAAGCAAAACGAGUUAAACAUACUUUUGCAACAUCUGCACCUAUCUCUGACAAAUUGCUAUCAAUUGAACAAGAACUUUAUACCAAAUUGCUGGAUGUUACUUUCCCAUCAUCUAUAGAGUAUAUUUAUAAUCCCCUUGAAUAUGCGUCCGAAACACAUGCCAUGUAUGUGCACAAGUAUUGUACUGGCGUAAAAAAGAUCCUGUUUGUCGGUAUGAAUCCUGGACCAUGGGGUAUGUCACAAACUGGGGUACCAUUUGGAGAAAUUAAUAUGGUGCGUGAUUGGCUCAAAAUUUCUGGCCCUGUUGGUAAACCUUUGAAAGAGCAUCCAGAUCGAAAAGUAGUAGGAUUUCAAUGUACCCGUAGCGAGGUCAGUGGACAGAGAUUGUGGAGCCUUUUCCGAGAUCUAUGUGGAACUCCUGAGAACUUUUUCCAAAAUGCAUACAUGCACAAUUAUUGCCCAUUUGCAUUCAUGGACGCCAAAGCUCGGAAUAUCACCCCAGCAGAAAUAAAGGGCGAAGGACAGAGGAUCUUACAUGAGGCAUGCGACAAAUCCCUGAUUGAAAUAAUACAACUCCUGAAAGCAGAGAUUGUUGUUGGCAUUGGUAGAUACGCUGAAAAAAGAGCUCAAAUUGCAGUUCAGACAGGAGGUCUUUCAGUACAGGUGAUGGUUAUGCGACAUCCCAGUCCAAGAGUUACAAAUAAUCAAAAUUGGAAUGAAACAGCUAAGCAGCAGCUCAUUGAAUUGGACUUACUCAAGUACUUUGAUAAAGAAAAUACUACAGUCUAAACUUUUUUUUUGCACAGGAUAUAAUUGUUUUUAAAGAUAUAAAUUUCAAAUUUUUUUUUUAUUUUUUUUAAGAUGACAUUUACAUUUUUUAUAAAGAACAACUGACGAAAGAGUUAAUAAUUUUAUAGAAAACUACCCUCAGUAUUAAGUUUUAAGACUACCUCAAACCCGCUAGUACAUAGUGUACAAUAUUAAAUAGUACUUAUUAUGGAUACUUUGGCAUGGAUGAACGUUGCGUUACAAAAAGCCGAGGAAUCUUUGAGAGCCGGUGAAGUCCCGGUUGGUUGUUUAUUUAUAUAUAAUAAUGAGGUUAUUGCGACGGGCAAUAAUACAGUGAAUGAAACUUGUAA